AUGCGUCUUACGUCGCUUUCCUCUCUUCUCUGUCUUGCAGGCCUGGUUUCAGUACCAGUAAAUGCCUACGAUGACCCCAAUAUCAAGAGCAUCCCUCUUCGCACCCACAGCCUUUCUCCGCCAUAUCUCGAUUCGGAUUUCCAAAGCCGCUGGUUCGACUUCGGAGGAGAUACAGUAGUCCGCGCCGACAAGUACCUCCGUCUUACGGCCGACCGACCAUCCCAGCAAGGAUGGAUCUUCUCUCGCGUGCCUCUCACGGCGACCAAUUGGCAGAUCGAACUCGAGUUUGAGAUCCACGGCGCCGGCAACUUGCACGGUGAUGGAUUUGCCCUCUGGCUCACCAAGGAGCGCGCCACUCAAGGCCCCGUGUUCGGCUCGACAGACCGAUUCGAGGGUCUCGGUAUCUUCUUCGACACCUAUAAGAACAACCGCCCAGGUGUGUCGUUCCCAUACGUCAUGGCCAUGAUGGGUGACGGCCAGACCACCUACGACCAGGCGCACGACGGCAAAGCGAACGAGCUGGCCGGUUGCUCCGCUCGUGGUCUUCGCAGCGCCCCCGUCCCCACCAAGGCCCGUCUCACCUACUUCCAGGACAAGUCCCUCACCCUGGAACUGCAAUACAAGACCGAAGACUCGUGGACCAACUGCUUUACUCUCAACGCCGACGAGGCUAACAUUGCCAUUCCCUCCGUUGCUUACCUCGGUCUCUCCGCUGAGACGGGUGAGUUGAGCGACAACCACGACAUUAUCUCCCUCAAGGCUGAGAACUUAUACUCCCUCAACCGGAACAACAACAACGCCGGCAAGGGCUCCUCUGACGGCCGUUCCAAGGGCCGUGACGGCGCCAAGGCUUCUAAGGAGGGUGGCAGCUGGACCUGGUUCCUGUUCAAGACCAUCAUGUUCUUCGCUGCUAUUGCUGGUGCAUACUUUGGCUGGACGAUCUACCGGACCAAGGCCCGGUCUUCGCGUUUCUGA